AUGAGGAGCUCAGAUCUUGAAUUAAUACAACCUCAUAUUAAAAUAUAUAUAAUGAAAUUUGAAAUUAUUACUGAUCUCCUUGUAACUUUAUACUUCUCUUCAAAUAUUAAUAAAUACAAGUUACAUUGGAAAAUUGGCGGACCACUUGGAUUACCAUUUAUUGGAAAUAUUUUAAAAGUUAGGCGUGUUGAAAAUAUAUUAAAGACUUUAAGUGAAUUUGAAACGAAAUAUGAGUCACCAUAUUUAUGUUGGUUAGGUCCAAUUGCUUUUGUAAUAGUAAAUGAUCCUGAUUCACUGGAAACAAUUCUUACUUCUCCGAAUUGCAUAGAGAAGACAUUUUUUUAUAAAUUCUUAAGGGAGUUCUCUGGUGAUGGUUUAUUUACCUCGGCUCCCCCGAAGUGGAACUCACGUGUAAAAUUUAUGAAACCGUCAUUUAAACUUAAAAUUUUGGAAAGUUUUUUUUCAGAGUUUAAUAAUCAAGGAGAUUAUCUUUUGAAAAUUUUCGACGAUAAUAUGAAAAAUGAUAAAUUUUCAAUUUUCGAAACACUUAAAUUUAUGACCUUCAAUACAACAUUAAAAACUGUAAUUGGAGAUUAUAGUAAAACAAAACUGGAUGAAGUUGAUGAAAUUCUUCCUAUGAUUGAAGGUUUAAUGACUUCAGUAAUACACAGAACUUAUAAACCAUGGUUAUAUACGGAUUUUGUAUACAAAAAGACAAAAUUAUACAAAAAACUUAAAAAGGAUACGAUAAGACUCUUUGAAAUUUUUGAUAAGAAAAUGGAACUUAAAAUGAAUGAAAUGCAAUUAGAAAAUAAGGAUUUCAGAAAAACUUUGGGAGAUGAUAAUGAAGCACCAUUAUUAAGAACUAGUUCCUUUUUUGAAUAUUUAUUAGCAUAUAUGGAUGAUUAUAAUUUAACAUAUUCUGAUAUUCGAGAAGAAGCUACUGUCGUUCUAUCUGCUAGUUAUGAAACAACAGCAGUUUCAACAUAUUUAGCAAUAGUUUGUUUAGCUACACAUCCUGAUAUUCAAGAUAAAUUAUAUGAAGAAUUAUUAAUACAUUUGCCUGAUAAAAAUAUUGAAUUAGAUCAAACUUAUCUUAAAGAUUUGGUUUAUUUACAAAUGUGUAUAGAUGAAACAUUAAGAAUAUUAUCACCAGUUCCAUUAGUUGGACGUCAUAUUACAGAUGAUAUUGAAUUAAAAAAUGGUGUUAUUAUACCGAAAGGGACUGAUGUCGUUCUAGAUAUAUUUAAUAUGCAAAGAAGUACAAAACAUUGGGGACCUAAUGCAAAAUUAUUUAAUCCAGAUAAUUUUUUAAUUGGAAAUAAAUAUCAUCCAUAUUCAUAUAUACCAUUUACUAAAGGUCAGAGAAUGUGUUUAGGUUUUAGAUACGGGAAUAUGUUAGUGAAAACAUUUUUAGCCAAACUAUUUAGAAAUUAUAAAAUAACAGCUGACAAAAAAUUUGAUGAAUUAAUAUUUCUUCAUGAUAUUUCAACAAAAAUUAAAAAUCAUCCGAAAUUUAAAAUUGAAUUAAGAUUCUUACAGUUCGAAUUUGAAAGUAAACAUGGAUCUCCAUAUUGUUGUUGGCUUGGUUCAAUUUGCUUUGUAGUAAUAAGUGAUCCUGAUGCAAUGCAAACAAUUCUAACAUCUGAAAAUUGUACCACAAAAACUUUUUUCUAUAAAUUUUUGAGUAAAUAUAUUGGUGAUGGCUUAUUUACCUCGAGUCAAACUCUCGUAGGCGAUUAUAGUAAAAAUAAAAUUGAUGAAACCGAUGAAAUUCUUUUAUCAGUAGAAAGUGUAAUGCAUGCCAUGAUACAUCGAACUUAUAGUCCUUGGUUGUACAUGGAUUUUCUGUAUGAGAAAACUGGAAUUUAUAAAACAACAGUAAAAAAAGUGGAGUCAAUGUUCAAGUUUUUUAACAAGAAAUUGGAUAUGAAACAAGAAGAAUUGCGUAAAAAAGAUGGUGACUUUAACAAAAACUUAGCUUAUUAUGGUGAUCUUGAAGAUGACGAAACUUUAACAUUACAAACACCAAGCUCAUUUUUUGAACAUUUGUUAACAUACGGUGAUAGUAAUAACAUGACACGAACAGAUGUUCUAGAGGAGGCAGUGGUUGUACUUAUAGCGAGCUAUGAAACAACUACUGUUGGAAUAUAUGUAGUAUUGAUGUGCUUAGCAACACAUCUUGAGAUUCAAGACAAAUUAUACGAAGAAUUGUUAGAAAUUUUACCAAAUAAAAAUGUUAAAUUAGAUCAAAAUAAUCUUAAAGAAUUAGUUUAUUUACAAAUGUGCAUUGAUGAAGCAUUGAGAAUAAUACCACCGACUCCCCUUGUUGGACGUCAUUUAAAAACAGAUAUUAAAUUGAAAAAUGGUAUUAUUAUACCUAAAGGAACUGAUGUUAUUUUAGAUAUAUUUAGUAUGCAAAGAAAUACUAAAUAUUGGGGACCAAAAGCAAAAUCAUUUGAUCCUGAUAAUUUUCUUCCAGGGAAUAAACGUCAUCCAUAUUCAUAUGUACCUUUUACUAAAGGACAAAGAAAAUGUAUAGGUUUCAAAUAUGCAAACAUGGUGAUGAAAACAUUUUUAUCAAAAUUAUUUAGAAAUUAUAAAAUAACUGCUGAUAUAAAAUUUGAAGAUUUAAUAUUUAUACACAAUAUUUCAAUGAAAUUCCAAAAAGAUAUAAAAUUCAAAAUUGAAUUGCGUGACAAAUAAGUUUCUUCUUAUAUAAUAUAAGUAAUUGUAUUUUGGAAUAU